UUCCUGCUUCACCCACUGGUGUCCCCCUGCUGUUCUCUCCGCCUUCCAGGAGCCAUCCCUGCCCCAGCCCCUGACCAGGGAAGGGGCAGGAGCAGGUGGCAAACCCAGCCUCCAGCCUCCAUUGUCCUUGGACGUUGUCAUUGCCUCUUACGCCCGUGAGCCUUUGAGGAAGACUGCUACAGGAUGACUUUGGGACCAGGAUGGUGAUCUGAAAAUGCCCACUGAGCACAAACAGCAGCUCCCCGAGUUCCCAGAGUCUUUCCUCUCUUCUCGUGCCUCUUCCGUAGGAUGUUCACCAUGACCAGAGCCUUAGAAAAGACUCUACGCCAGCACUUCAUAUACCAGAAGCUGGAGAUUGCCUAUGCCAUACACAAGCCAUUUCCCUUCCUCGAAGGCCUCCGAGACAACUCCUUCAUCACUGAGACGAUGUACAGGGAAUCCAUGGAAGCCUACAGAAACCAGGUCCCUGUGCCCAGACUGGUGUACAAUAUCCUCAGCCACCUGGAGAAGAUGUUCAACCUGUCAUUUCUGCAGAUUCUCUUCAGCCGAAUUAACCUGCGUGAAUACCCCGACCUGACAAGGAUCCUCAAGAGCUUCAGAAGCGUUGUCAUUUCCUACGGAGGAUGGAACAGAGCCGGGCCUACCCUCCUUGAAGUCCCAGCCAACUCAGCCAAAGGGAGCUCCCUCCAGACCCUGCUGUCGUUGCCCCCACCCCAACACCGAUCACAGAGCCUCUCGCCCCGUGAGCCCAGUGUCAGUGAGCCCAGCGCAUCCACCCAGCACCCUCCUGGCCCGGCCGUGGCCCUCCCCAGAGCCACCCAGGAAGGAAGGAUCACUCCAGACAACUUAACAUCCUGCAUAAAUGCUGAAGAAGACUCACAAGAGGGACCUGGCACCCCGCCUGCCUCUGUGCAAGAGAUAAGAGAUGUCUCUCCUGAACCAAAUGACCCCAAAGAGUUCCAGGGGGCAUCCAUCACACUUCCCAACAAGAAAGGCAAGAAAAGAAAAAGAAGUAUCUGGUCAACUCCAAAAAAGAGACGCCAGAAAAAAAGCCUCUCAAAAGGGAGAGCCUCACCUGAACACACAAUCCAAAAAAAGCUCCAACUGAUGGAUCAGGCGACUGAAAGGAAGGACGAUUCAACCAGCAACUCAGAGGUCAUAACAAGGGCCCAAAAGGCAAGGACUGGAUGUACACAAACCUCUGGACCACAGGAAAAGAAAAGGAACAACGAUGUCAGUUCAAGUUCAACCAGAAGGUGUCAGAAAAAUAUUCCCCCAAAGGAAAAACCCGAAGACGACCCCGUGGAUUUUCACUCUCCUAAACUUCCCGUGACGUGUGGUGAAGCUAGAGGGAUUUUAUAUAAGGAGAGACUGAAACGAGGAUCCUCAGAGAAGUGCAUUCAGAACGAGGAGGGAAUUUGGUUCACGCCAAAAGAAUUUGAAAUUGAAGGAAAACGGGCAACUUCAAGGAAAUGGAAACAGAGUGUGCAUUGCAGAGGAAAGACCUUAGAAGAGCUGCUGAAGAAAGGACUUUUGUUCUGUCCCCCAAGAAUAAAUGUCAAGAGAAAGGGGGAAACCUGCAAGGAAUGUGAGGUGUGCUGUAGAGGGGGACCACGGCUCUGCUGUGUCCCUUGUCCGAGAGCCUUUCGUGAGGAUCACAUCCCGCCUGCAGAGGCUGAGAGGAGCCCGUGGAGUUGCACCUUCUGCAGGAUGGAGUCUUCGGGAAGGCAGCCGUGUUGCAGGAAAUCUGCGGUCCUGGAGAGGCUGCUACAGCCUGAGGAGCAGUUGAAAUGUGGGUUCCUCCUCUUGAAGGUCUACUGUCACCCACAAAGCUCCUUUUUUGCAGAAACCCCACAUAAUAUUCGCGAUUAUGGAGAGCCCGUUAAGGAAGCCGUGUGGUUGGACCUGGUUAAGGAAAGGUUGACUGAGAAAGUGUAUACGGUGCCGUGCUUUGUGCGGGACGUGCACCUGAUCUUUCACAACCAUAAAAUGUUUUACAAGGCUUCUGACUUUGGUCAGAUAGGAUUGGACUUGGAGGCAGAAUUUGAAAAGGACCUCAAAGAGAUGUUUAUUUUUUGCAAAGCCAAUGAAAACGGCUUCCAGAUUCUUUGACCGUGUUCUAGAAAAACUAAGGCACCCAACUUCAGGAUCCAGAUGAUGUGACCCUGGCCGUCUUUAGACAGCCAGUGAGUCUAGAAUGUUAUUGGCUGCCCUCUUGACUCAAAGGCAGAGCCUUGUACCAUCAUCACACCUGUCUUUUCUUUCUAUACCUAAAAGUGUGUGUGUGUGUGUGUGUGUGUGUGUGUGUGUGUGAAAUACACUUCUCAUCCCCAUCUAAGGCCUCUUCCUUCUCAAUAUUUACAUCUCUCUUCUCCCAAAGUAUAUAUACUCAUUUGUUCAACUAAAACAAUACUACAACAAUAGCUUCAGAAUUUCUACCCUCACAUCACUAUGAAAAAGAAACUAAACUGAAUUCUAAAGUUGUAUGCAAUUGAUUUUUGUAUAUAUAUAUGUGUGUGUGUGUGUGUGUGUGUGUGUAUUUCAAUAUCAUUGCAGAGAGUGUUUUUCAGAAUUUUUGUUCCUGUACUUAUGAAAGAGGUUGGUCCUCACACUUCUAUGUCCUGUCAUAAUCAGAUGUAGGGCUACCCCAGCUGGGUACGAUAAUCCCUAACAUCUUCUACCUUUUUAUAUGCUCUGGAAUAGUUCAUAAUGUUUUCAAAGAAUCAGCUCAUAAAAUUAUAUAGCCCAUCAUUCUUUUGAGAAGUAAUAUUGACCAUGAUCUCUGCUUUUUCAUGGUCAUUCAACUAUUCAGGUAUUCUCUUGCUUUUGAAUCAGGUCUACUUUUAUAGUUUUCUAUGAAGUCAUUCAUGCAUGAGUUGUUUGUAGUUAGCCUUAUUUCUGCCAUAUCAUUUUAUUCCUUCUCUUUGGAAUACUUCCCCAUGAUUUUUGUCAACAUUUUCUUUGUCUUCACCUUCUACUCUGGAAGGCAUCUGUAACAGUUUUUAAUUCUCCCAAUAUUUACCUGCAAGUUUUGUGAAUGUAUUUUUAACUUAUUUUUUAAAUGUCAGAGCCAAGGGGCACCUGGGUGGCUCAGUGAGCUGAGCA